AUGGUUUUUUUUUUUUUUUUUUUUCGGGGAAAGAGGCGAUCAACGAUGGGGGGCUCGUUGCCAGCUGAGCAAGGCUUCGUUGAUUUGAGCAGGAACCUUUGGGAGCGAAUUGUCGGCGGCACCCAUCGGUACCAAUACGGAUUGGGUGUGCGAUCAAAAAAGGUCGGUCCGUAG